AUGGCCAACCUAUACUCUAAUUGGCUCUGUAUUCUCUCUGCCUCACUCUAUUUUUACGUCUCCACUUGCUUAGCUAUGAGUACUAAAAAAAACAUCACCACCGAUGAAUUUGCACUUCUUUCAUUCAAAUCAUCUAUUACUUUAGACCCUUAUCAUGUACUUAGUAAUUGGUCAGUAUCCUCUAAUUCUUCUUCUUUCAGUUCAUGCAAUUGGGCUGGUGUCACUUGUGAUGAACAUCAUGGAAGAGUAAAUGCAUUGAAUCUUAGUAACAUGGGCCUUCAAGGUUUCAUUUCCCCUCAAUUGGGAAAUCUCUCUUUUCUUCUCGUUCUUGACUUACACGGCAAUAGUUUUCAUGGAACCAUUCCACAUGCUAUUGGUCAACUUCGUAGAUUGAGAGUUUUGGAUAUAAGAGAUAACGUGAAGUUGUCUGGAAUCAUACCAACAACAAUUUCAAAUAUGGCCUCACUCCAAGAACUCCAUUUAUCAAAUAACUCCUUAUCAGGUGAAAUUCCGAAAGGAAUUAGUGAUCUUACACAAUUGAGAACUGUGAACCUUGAAUAUAAUAUGCUCAAAGGCAACAUAUUAUUUAUGUUCAACAACUUAUCAUCGUUGCAAAAUUUGAAUCUUGGUUUCAAUAAUCUGUCUGGAAUUCUUCCAUCAAAUAUUUGUCAAGGGAUUCCAAACCUUAAAUUACUCUAUCUGUUUGGUAAUGAUUUUUCUGGUAAGAUGCCCAAUGUUUGGCGUUAUUGCAAAGAGUUGGAAGAUUUAGAAUUAUCAUUCAAUAACUUCGACAAAGGACCUUUGCCUGGGGACAUUGGAAACUUGACCAAGCUUCAAUAUUUGUAUCUUUAUCAAACCAACUUGGAGGGUGAAAUUCCAGUGUCCCUCUUCAACAUCUCUUCUUUAAUAGGUAUUGACUUGGACAAAAACAAUUUAAAUGGAACUCUUCCACGUGAUAUGUGUCAUCAACUUCCUCAACUUCAAAUAUUUUCUGUCCACGUUAAUCAUUUGGGGGGAAUCAUCCCACAGUCAAUUGGCAAUUGCACAUCGUUACAAUUUUUAAGUUUAACGGAUAACUUUUUUACAGGUUCAAUACCAAUGGAGAUUGGCAAUCUCAAUCAACUUCAGAUUCUACAAUUGGGAAAUAACAGCUUAAGUGGACUAAUCCCUUCGAAUCUCCUCAACAUUUCAACAUUGGAAUAUUUGCUUCUUGAACUGAAUUCUCUUUCGGGCAUUCUUCCAUCAAAUAUGGGAUUAGGCCUUCCAAACCUACAAGAACUCCACAUGUAUGGAAACAGGUUUGUAGGAAAUAUUCCUAACAGUAUUUCCAAUGCUUCAAAACUCGUUCAACUUGAUUUGAGUGAAAAUGAGUUUAGUGGAAUUAUACCAAAAUCUUUUGGAGAUUUAAGAGUCCUCCAAACCCUCAUCUUAGCUGGCAAUAAUUUGACAAUGGAUGAUUCUCAUGAAUUCAACUUCCUCACUUCACUUACAAGUUGCAGAAAUCUGGAAUACCUUGAACUAUCAUUUAAUAGUUUACUAUCAAAACUUCCCAAGUCAAUUGGAAACUUAACUGUAGAAAGCUUUUGGGCAGAUUCUUGUGGAAUUAAUGGAAAUAUUCCACUAGAAAUUGGAAACAUGACCAACUUGAUUCAUUUAUCUUUAAGGGAUAAUGAUUUAAAUGGACCAAUUCCUAGUACAAUAAAAGCAUUGCAAAAACUUCAAACUUUGAAUCUUGACUACAAUGAACUUCAAGGGCCUAUAAUUGACGAACUUUGUGAAAUUAGGAGUUUGGGUGUCUUGAAUUUAACAAGCAAUAAGUUUUUUGGAGCUUUACCAACAUGUUUGGGAAAUAUGACUUCUCUUAUUAAACUUUACAUAGGAUCUAAUAAGUUAAACUCUACAAUACCUUCCUCCUUUUGGAAUCUCAAAGAUAUUUUAGAGGUAAACUUAUCCUCCAAUGCUUUAACCGGUAAUAUUCCACCAGAGAUUAAGAAUUUGGAACAUCUUGUGCUAUUAGAUCUGUCAAGAAAUCAAAUUUCAAGCAGCAUCCCAACAACCAUAAGCUUUUUGAUAAGUUUAGACACUUUGUCCUUAGCAUAUAACAAACUGAAAGGUCCUAUCCCAACAUCACUUGGUCAAAUGCUAAGCUUAAGGAUUUUAGACUUGUCUCAAAAUCUUAUAACCGGUGUGAUCCCAAAAUCUUUAGAGUCACUUUCCUAUCUUGAACACCUUAAUCUUUCAUAUAAUAGAUUGCAAGGAGAGAUUCCAAAUGGAGGACCUUUCAAAAGCUUCACCGCUCAAUCUUUCAUUCAUAACGAAGCACUUUGUGGCAGUCCUCUCUUACAAGUACCUUCAUGUGAUAAACAUAGGAAAAAGAAGUUAUUAAUCCCAUGCAUCUCAUCCAUAAUUCUUGUGUUAGGAAUUUUGAUUGUUGUGGGCUUAGUGCUUCGAAUGCAUAAAAGGAAAAAAGUUGGAAAUCCAAUUGAAAAGGACUUAUCAACUUUAGGGGCUCCAAGCAGGAUUUCCUAUUAUGAACUCAUGAAAGCAACUAAUGGAUUCAAUGAGAGUAAUUUACUUGGAAAAGGAGGCUUUGGAUCCGUGUAUCAAGGAAUGCUUUCCACCGGGAAGAUGGUAGCAGUUAAAGUGCUUGACUUGACAUCGGAAGCAACGUCAAAAAGUUUUGAUGCAGAAUGUAAUGCAAUGCGCAAUCUCCGACAUAGAAAUCUUGUUGAGGUUAUUACCAGUUGUUCAAAUGACGAUUUCAAAUCAUUGGUGAUGGAGUUUAUGUCAAAUGGAAGUUUGGAAAAAUGGUUAUACUCAGAAAACUAUUUUUUGGAUUUCUUGCAAAGGUUGAAUAUAAUGAUAGAUGUUGCAUCUGCAUUGGAGUAUCUCCACCAUGGUUCUUCAAUACCAGUGGUUCAUUGUGAUUUGAAGCCUAGUAAUGUGUUACUGGAUGAAGAUAUGGUUGCACAUGUGAGUGACUUUGGCAUUUCCAAGCUCUUGGAUGAAGGACAUUCCAAAACUCAUACUGAGACUUUAGCUACUUUUGGCUAUGCUGCACCAGAAUAUGGAUCUAAGGGAGUAAUUUCAGUUAAAGGUGAUGUGUAUAGCUAUGGGAUAAUGCUGAUGGAAAUUUUCACAGGAAAGAAGCCAACAAAUGAAAUGUUUUCAGACAAAUUAACUUUGAAAACCUGGAUUAGCGAGUCAAUGGCCAGUUCAAUUAUGGAAGUUGCGGAUUGCAAUUUAGUCUCACAUGAGAAAGAAAUGCAUGAAAUUUUAGCUAUAGCAUUGAGAUGCUGUGAAGAUUCACCUGAAGAACGAAUUAAUAUGAAAGAUAUAACAUCAUCAUUACUCAAAAUUAAGACCUCGUUCAUUCAAUGA